AAAUAACCAGGAGACUUGCAAAUCCAAAAGCAUCUCCCUGAGCAGUCGCACUGAAAGAACCAGUGAUGCAGGUCCUGAACAAACCCUACCCCAAAAACUGCCUGCUCACUGUUAUGGACAGGUAUUCGGCCACAGUGAGGAACAUGGAGCAGGUGGUCAUGAUCCCCAGCCUCCUGAGGGACGUGGCCCUGGAAGACCAAAGCUGCGAAGCUCCAGCAGAUGAGGCAGGCAUCCAUGACCUCUACAGCUACUAUACCAUGCUCAAGUCUAUCCGGGUGGAUGUGGACAAUGGGCUGCUGCCCAAGAACGAGUGGAAGACCAAGAUGACCAACUCAGAUGAGGAGGAGGAGGAGGAGGAAGAAGAAGAAGAAGAAGAGAAGAGAGGGGAAGAGCCAGACCUCGAAACUCAGUUUCAUCUUCAUUUCUCCAGUCUCCAUCACAUCCUCACCCAUUUGACCCUGAAGGCCAACGAAGUGACAAAGAGAUACCAAGAAUUAACCGGGCUAACAAUGUAGAUCCCAGUGGCCUGUUCUCUGUUAGAAUGCUCCACAACUUGCAUGGCUGAAGGCAGCAGCUCUGAGAAGGAACAAUGAAGGCUCAUGGGCACUGUAACCUUUUGUGUCAGGACAUUUGCUGGGAGCUACAGAUGGGAGAGAAGACAAGGUGGUCAAGUGUGCGAUCUCCCUGGCUACCCAUCUGGGACGUUCUCCACUGACUUACCUGAAAGAAGCCAGAAGAUCCUUGCCAACAUCUUUGAAAACCAACUCUAGUCCUCCCCCAACCCCACUCAGGUUAUCAGGGGAUAGUGGAUGGUUUUCAAGGGACAGGAAGAGAC